GGAGGGCGCCUACCUUCUUCGGAUCAUGUGAGCAGAGAGCGAGAGCGCGAGGCGGAGUGGGGGAAAAGCCCGGGCGUCGUGGCGGUCGGCGAGGGUGGAUCUAUAGAUUUCCAAGGCCUUCAUUUCCAUCUGAUUUGAUUUCACACCCUGCAGUUCAUCUUUUUAUGAGGGAAUAGAUCAACCCAUGGUCUCAGUAAGUCAUAGCAAACUGUUAUCUGUUUCUGGUCCAUUGCUUGCUCCAGCUUUUGAUCAGCAAGAUAUCAUAUUAGAUGUUUCCAAGCCUGACAUGCCACCAUUAAAUUUACUGCAGGACUGCAGCAAUGAACAAGUCUCUGUUCCAGCUGUUACCUCAAACACAGUUUCUACAUCAGAGAUGGGUGUUUCGUUAUCAAUGGUAAAGAAGGAAGUGGAGAAACCACAGAAUACCAUCUAUGAGGCUUACCUCAAACUGCCAGAUUUUUGUUCUGAUGUUUCUAGAGAUUUCAUCCCUACAUUGGAAGAGAUUGAGGAGUUCCUCAAUGAGAAGAAAGAACUUGUCAAGGAUGAGCUGAAUGACAAACAACCAGCGGGGCAACUUGAGAUAAAAUCUGAAAUCAACUUAAGCAGUUCAGGGGAAGAGUCUACUACUGGAACUGAUCUAGAUGAAGGCGUUUCUAGUUCUGUUCAGGCUGGAAUAGUAUCUGGCGAUAUAAGCAUGCCGGGAACUGUGGGGACAAUCCCUGUUUUCCUUCAGAUCCAGCCUGUCCAAGCAGAAGAUAGUUCAUCUCUCCAGAAUUCUGUGGGUGGUAUCCGGGUGGCCCACUUGAUCAUCAGAAUGCAAGGUCAAAACUUGACUCUUUAUCCUCAGGUCACUCCAAGUCCUGUGACAGGCACAGACCAGAAGUAUGUACGAAUAGCUCCUUUGCCUGUGGCAUUGAGGCCAGAAAUUCUUGGAAGUCCAAAGAGUAUAGAGACCAAAGUCCCCAAAGUUUCCCCUUCGGUUAUUCGAGUCCACAAGUGUACACAUCCUGGAUGCACCAAGAUGUAUACCAAGAGUUCCCAUCUUAAGGCACACUUCCGACGUCAUACUGGAGAAAAGCCUUAUACUUGUACUUGGCCUGAUUGUGGUUGGAGGUUUUCCCGUUCAGAUGAGCUCUCUCGCCACAAGCGUUCCCAUUCUGGACUCAAGCCUUAUCAGUGUCAAAUAUGCGAGAAGAAAUUUGCCCGCAGUGACCACUUAUCUAAACAUAUGAAAAUCCACAAAGGGUCAUUCAGUUCAGGAAGUCAGUCAGCAGGUUUUUUCCGUAAUAGUUAACUAACUCUCUGUUUCCUUGCCAAGAGAAGAUUUCUCAUCAACUCAAAGGACAGCUGAAUAGUAAACAUGAUUUUUCUUUAGGAGAUAAUUAAUUAGAAAAUGACGUGUUUAAGGAGAAAACAAUUUCUUUUUUAAUGUGCCUUACAAUUAGGUUUUGCCUCCAAAUCAAGAUUUUGACACAUGUUAAUAUGUGUACAUUAUAUCUGAGAGGAAAAUGUGACAAUUCAGGAUGUGGAGAAGAACAGCAUGAGAUACUAUUUCAUUUUAAUUUUUGUAAAUACUAUACUGUAAAUAUUAUUCAGGAAUUCUGUAUUUUCUAUUAAGCUGCACACAUGGGGCUGCAUUCAAAUGUUAAGUUACUUUUUUCAUCCUCUCAGCCUACCCUUAUUUGAUCAGCCUGGCACUUAUUCUAAAAGCAAAAGAGUGGAAGAAAAUUAUUUCAGUUUGAAAUGCAGGGAAGUGAUCAUAAACUAUAAUAAACCCAGCAAAGAAAUUACUCUUUGAAUUCCAAAUUCCUCUUUUAAAAUAUAGGUUUCUAAAAUUUA